UCGCAGUGACGGAUAGCGCAGAUACGAUCGACAAACGACGACGACGCCUGCCUCGCACAGCAAAUCUCGCGACCGAAGCUGCCCGUGAGCUCCCGGAGCAUAACCGACUUGACCGACUAAACCCUUCGCCCCCUCUUUCUUCUUCAUGCUCCAGAGCGGCAUUGCGCUCUAAGCAGAGGCCACACAAGAUGCGGAAUUUGCGCAACAUCCGGUUCAGCGCCUGGGAGCAGCAACAGGACGUCACAGUCACGGCGUGCUGCUGGGACCCCGCCAAAGACGAGCUUCUCUGCACGACUGGGCCGACAGAGGCAAAAGCCACCAUUGAGCUGGUGAGGCUGUCGGACCACCACCAAGAGCAGCAAAUUAAAUCACACACCGUCACGAGUUGGGAUACGCCGAGCCCGAGCCCGGACCUGCCCGCGGACAAGGUAGUCGGCCUACACCACUUCGCCGACACCCUCACCACCUGCAUCAUCCUCGAGGGCGGCGACAUCGUUACUGUGCAAGAGGACGAUGCCAGCCGCGAUGGCGACGUCCAGAUCGAGAUCGUCGGCUCCAUUGAUGCUGGAAUCUCCGCCGCCCGCUGGUCCCCGGACGAGGAGCUGCUCGUCGUCGUCACCAAGGAGGGCAACGCCGUCUUCAUGGGCCGCACCUUCGACCCCAUCGCCGACGUUGUCAUGACGCCCGACGACCUAAGGCUGUCGAAACACGUCUCCGUCGGCUGGGGCAAGAAGGAGACUCAGUUCCAGGGCAAGGGCGCCAAGGCCCUGCGCGACCCGACGAUUCCCGAAAAGGUGGACGAGGGCCUGCCAAGCGUCAACGAGGACGGCGCCGCGACCGUCAGCUGGAGGGGUGACGGCGCGUAUGUUGCCCUCAACUCUGUCGCCGGUGGCGCAAGGAGGGUUGUGAGGGUAUACUCGCGCGAGGGCGUUCUCGACAGCGUCAGCGAGCCCGUAGAUCAUCUUGAGGCGGGUCUGAGCUGGAGACCCUCCGGAAACCUCAUUGCGGGCAUCCAGCGGCUCGAGGACCGGACGGAUGUCGUCUUCUUUGAGAGGAACGGUUUGAGGCAUGGGCAGUUCACGCUGCGCAGCGCCGAUGGGCCCCUGAGUGCCCACAAGAAGAUUGGGUUGGAGUGGAAUUCCGACUCGACCGUUCUGGCCGUGGUUCUGAGUGACAGGAUACAGCUGUGGACGACGGGCAACUAUCACUGGUAUCUGAAGCAGGAGGUGCCGCUGACGUCUGCGUUUGCUGGGUUGGCGUGGCACCCCGAGAAGCCGCUGCGUUUCGUCGCCGCUACGACGUCUGUCGUCAACGUCUCGGAGUACAUCUUCGCCGUGUCCCGUGGCUCCCUGAGCCCACCCAAUGACCACGGAGCCGUUGCGGUUGUCGACGGCCAGACCGUCAAGUUAACCCCCUUAAGGACCGCGAACGUGCCGCCACCCAUGGCCCUAUUUGAGCUCGACUUUGCGGCCAGCAUUGUCGACGUCGCAUUUGACCCCAGCAACUCGCUCAUGGCGGUCUUGCAUCGAAAGGGUCUGGAUGUGUACGAGUGGCAGACUAAGGGCGAUCGGUCGACGAAACCGAAAGAGUUGGUCAAGAUCGCGUUCGAUCCAGAUGCCAAGACCAGGGUUCCCCUACAGGCUGCAUUCUCUGGCCCGGCCGAGUGCCAGGUCCUUGCCUCCGAGGAGGGACUGAAGCUUGAGACUUACACCGUUGAGGCUUCCUCGCUCAUCGCGUCAGGGGUCACUCAGCUCAGGGCCACAGAGACAUUCUCGUCGAUCUUCAGCCACGAGGGUGACUCAGGGGUUGAGGCCUGCGCACAAGACCGCUCGGGGAAGCUUUACAGGCUGGCUGGGAAGCAAGCCCCUGAGCUUCUUGGAACGCAGCUGUCGACCCAGCUUCCGUGGUGUGAGGUGCGGAGCAUCAAUGGGCGGAGCGUCGGCAUUGGCCUGACCAGAAACGGUCACCUCUAUGCCAACUCAAGGCAGUUGGCGAAGAACUGCACCUCGUUUGUCGUUACCCCCGCGCACAUCAUCUUCACGACCAACAACCAUUUCCUCAAGUUUGUGCACCUUGUGGACCCUGAGGAGAUGGAGGUCCCCGGAGACGAUCCAGAGAUCGACGAGCGAUGCCGCAGCAUCGAACGCGGCGCACGUCUCAUCACCGCCAUGCCGACCAAUAUGAACCUGGUUCUUCAGAUGCCGAGAGGCAAUCUUGAAACCAUAUUUCCCCGAGCCAUGGUUGUUGCGGGUAUCAGACAGCUUGUAGAUGAGAAUAACUAUGGCAGGGCGUUUGCCUUCUGCCGUACGCAGAGGGUUGACAUGAACAUUCUCUACGAUCACCAGCCGAGCCAGUUCCUAUCCAACGUUGGUCUCUUCCUCGACCAACUCAAGGACAUCUCGUACAUAGACCUGUUUUUGUCGUCUCUCAGAGAUGAGGAUGUCACUCAGACCAUGUACAAGGACACAAAGCGCAUAUCCAGAUCUCUCGAGACAUCGGCAGAAGCCCCAGCCGCAGCACCUGCAGACCUCUCCGCCAAGUCCAAGGUCAACAAGAUCUGUGACGCCAUCCUCAAGAGCCUGCAGAGCAAGAAGAGCACGAACCUGCAGAACAUCAUCACAGCACAUGUCUGCAAGGUCCCGCCAGCCCUCGACGAUGGCCUGACUCUCGUCGCAGAGCUGAUGCAGGAAGACGAGAAGGUGGCAGAGAAGGCUGUCGAGCACAUCUGCUUCCUCGUCGACGUCAACCGCCUCUACGACAACGCCCUCGGCCUGUACAACCUCGACCUCGCCUUGCUCGUCGCCCAGCAAUCGCAGCGCGAUCCGAGGGAGUACCUCCCCUUCAUCCAGGAUCUCCACAACCUGCCCGACCUGCGCCGUAAGUUCGAAAUCGACAACCACCUCGACCGCCGAGCCAAGGCUCUCUCGCACCUAAAGGACCUCGACGCCUUCGAGGAACUUUCGACGUACACCGCCAAGCAUGCGCUGUACCAGGAAGCCCUCGCCCUCUACCGUUACGACCAGGCGCGUCACCAGGCCCUGACCGGUCUGUACGCGGCCUACCUCGAGUCCAAAUCGAAGUACCGCGACGCCGGUCUCGCUUACGAGACCCUCCAAAACUUCAACAAGGCCACGAGCUGCUACCGCCAGGCCGGCGUAAUGUGCUGGCGCGAGUGUCUCUUCGCCGCACAGCAGCAAACGCCCCCACCCUCGGAGGAGACUAUUACGGAGCUGGCCUCUUCCCUCGCGGACGCCCUCUGGGAGGGCAAGGAAUACGCCGCCGCAGCCACGAUCCACGUCGACUACCUCGCCUCUCUUGAGACUGCCGUCAAGUGCCUCUGCAAGGGCUACCACUUCGCCGAGGCCCUCCGCCUCAUCGCCCGCGAGCGCCGGGCGGACCUCCUUCCGACAACCUUCGACGGUGGUCUCGUUGAGGCACUGAGCAGCAGCACCGAGUUUCUCGCCGACUGCAAGUCCCAGCUCCUCGCCCAGGUGCCGCGUGUCGCGGAGCUCCGCAGGAAGGCCGCCGAGGACCCGCUCGCCUUCUAUGAGGGCGAGCGCCCCGGCGGUGGCGCGGGUGGUGACAUCCCCGACGACGUCUCGGUGGCGGCGUCGUCACGCAUCAGCACCAGCGCCAGUCUGUUCACGCGGUAUACAGGCAAAGACGGCAGCGUCGGAACCGUGGGCACGGGCGUGUCGCGCGCGACCUCCAAAAACCGCAAGCGCGAGGAGAAGAAGCGCGCCCGCGGCCGCAAGGGCACCGUCUACGAGGAGGAGUAUCUCGUCAACAGCGUUCGCAGGCUCGUUGAGCGCGUCGAGGGUGGCGCAAAGGACGAGGUCGGACGCCUCGUCUUCGCGCUCGUGAGGCGCGGCAUGACGGAGCGCGCGCGCGCCGUGGAGGCGCUCAUGGCCGAGGUUGUCGAGGGGUGCAAGGCGGCGGUGCGCGAGGUGUUCGCCGGAGGCAAGGAGGAGCACGAGGGCGAGGCCAUGGUCGGGCCCGACGGCGAGACGUACAUGGCUUCCGGCGGUGACGCCGUCUUCCAGGAGCACCUGGAGGCGAGGGCCAAGAAGCUGGAGCCGCCUGCGCUGAGCGCGUUCCAGAAGCUGACGUUGCUGGGGUCAUAGACGUCAAGAGGACACGAGUGUGCCCGAUGGCCAUAUACCUUAUCUUGAAGAA